AUGCCACCAGCACUGCCCGCCCCGGCCUCCAGGCUGUCUGCCCUAUCCGCCCUCCGCUCCAAAAUACUACCACCAGCCCUCACACACCCCGCCACGACAUCCUCCCCCACAACCCCAACAAUAAAGUCCCGCCGCACAGCGCUGCUCACGCACUACCCGCCCUCGAUCGAUGUGACGAAACUCGCCGCGCAGGACCACCGGUUCCGCGCCCUCCCGCUGGUUGAUCAGUGGAAGCAGGCCCAGGCGGAGAGGGAGGAGCGGUUGACGGCGAGAGGGAAAGCUGUUCGAGUUUCCGUCGUUACGGGAAUGGCAAAGAAGCCCGAAGGCAGCGGUGGUGUCAAGAAGAAGAAGAAGAAGCUCGGCCCUGCCCAAGAUGCAAACAUCCUUCAAGCUCAAAGUGUAACUCAUGUGUUGAGUUUGGGGCUGAACCAGUCCUAUCCGUCCGAUGGCCUUAUCAGGCACAUAGUGGAGUUGGAAGAUUCGGACACGGCUGAUAUCCUGUCCCACCUUCCUGACGCCUGCAAAUUCAUCGAUGAUGCCCGAACGGAGGAGAAGACGGUCCUCGUGCAUUGCGUAGCCGGCGUCUCCCGCUCAGCUGCCGUUGUCAUCGCAUACUUGAUGAAGACACGGAAGAUGGAUUUAAAGAGCGCCUUUGCGUUCGUGAUGGCCGUCCGGCCUAGCAUCGGACCGAAUGAAGGCUUCAUGCACCAGCUGCAAUUAUGGGAAGCGAUGAACUGUGAGUUGGACCCGGCAUAUCCUGGAUAUCGGAUGUUUCGGAUGAAACAGAUGGCGAAGGCGAGGCUGGAGGGUCGUGCUGAGGGGUCCAUGCCCGGAUUUGAUCAGAGCCCCACUGCGGUCUCCGACCUGUCAGCGCCGGGUUCGAACCGCACACUUCGAUGUCGGAAAUGCCGGAUGACGCUUGCCACCGGACCCCAAAUCAUGUCUCAUCAACCGGAUAGCCAGUCGAUAGCGAAGCUGAUGACCCGUCGAAGUAAGACACAUCCAUCCAACCCACCCCUACAACCACAAUGCUCCUCAUACUACAUCGAGCCCGUGUCUUGGAUACCCGGUGUAAACGGCGAUGCGAUAGACAAUCCUUAUGCGACAGAAGGAAAAGUGUCCUGCCCCAAUCCGCAGUGCAGCGCCAAGUUAGGCGCUUGGAAUUGGGCAGGUGUCAAUUGUUCUUGCGGGACGUGGGUGUCGCCCGCUUUCACCCUGCAAAAGAGUAAAGUGGACGAGAUCGUCCGGCGGUAG